AUGUUAAUUAAUUCAUUAGAAGGUGCUAAAGAAAUUGUUAAACAAUUAAAUUCAAAAGAAAAAAUUAAUUAUAUUCGUCAAUUUGCUUAUUUAAUACAUCGUGUCUUCUGUGUACAAUUACAAGAAAGUCAAUGGAAAUAUUAUAAUGAUAUUGGUAUGCAAGAAAAUAUAUGGUAUGGACGUGUUUCAAAAAAAUGGGCUGCUAUGAAUAGUAUGAAUUAUACUUAUGGUCGAUCAAAAACCUUAAUUGAACAACGAUUAAAACCAAUUCAACGACAACUUCAACAAGCAUCACAAGCAUUACAUCAAUUUGCUAAUGAACCGUUACCUCAAUGUCUUUCUGAAAUGAAUCCUCAAUUAGAUUUUACAACAUUAUCAGCAAUGGUUAUAGCUGUUGUACGUAAAGGUCAACAUAAAUAA